AUGUCGUACCCGGGUCCUCCAGGUCAUUCAUCGCUCCCUCCGCGCCCACCGGCCAGCAAACUCUCGGGGUUCAAGCCCGCUUUCACCCCAGCACAAGUAGCACUUCCAGCUGCCUCGGGUGCCGGCUACACAGCACCCACACCGUCAUACCCCGGCUACGGACCCCCCGCGACACGCCCUAGUUAUGGCGCACCACCGUCUGCAUCGCCCUACGCGGGUAACCCUUCAGCUCCCGCCAUAGGCGCCGGCCGCGGGGGCUACGCCCAGACCGGAGCAUACAGUUACGCGCCACCACAAACCUACUCACAACAGCCGCCUUCGUACUAUGGUGCCUCUGCGGCCACCGGGAAUUACUCGGCGCCACUUCAGAUCCGAAACCCCUUUCCCGCGCCCGAUAGCGCGGGCGCAGAUUUCGACCCGGAGAUGGCGGCACAAGUAGCCCAGUGGCAGAGCGCGUACAUGCCCAAGGACCCCAACGACCCGACCAACAAGCCCGCCGCCAACAACGGCCGGGCCGGUGCCGGGACGCCGGGUGUCGCACAAGCCAACACGGCGGAGCCAAUCGACAGCACCGCGAGCACGGACCCGAACGAGAGGCAAAAGACGGUCUAUCGCGAGGGCGGCGGCAAGAAGUGGCAGGACGACUCGCUGCUGGAGUGGGACCCGGCGCACCUGCGGCUGUUCGUGGGCAACCUGGCGGGCGAGACGACGGACGAGUCGCUGCUCAAGGCGUUCGCGCGGUGGAAGAGCGUGCAAAAGGCCAAGGUGGUGCGCGACAAGCGCACCACCAAGAGCAAGGGGUUCGGGUUCGUCAGCUUCAGCGACCCGGAGGACUUCUUCCAGGCCGCCAAGGAGAUGAACGGCAAGUACAUCCAGAGCCACCCCGUCGUCGUGCACAAGGCCAAGACCGAGAUCAAGCCGGCCAUGGUCAAGGAGGACCGCAGGGGGAAGAAGAACCAGAGGAAGGGCGGGGGUAGUGGGAAUAAGGGCGGUAGUGGCAUGGGGGCUGGGGCCGCGGAUGGUACGGGUGCGUAUGAGCCGCAUCUUGGGCCGAUGGGGGGCAGCGGUAUCACCAAGCCUGGGCAGAAAACGAAGGGCGGGUUGAAAUUGCUCGGCUAG